AUGAGAGUCCUCUUCGUCCUUCUUCUGAUCGUUGGCCUUACCUUGGCCCUGAAUCCAAGUCAUCCGAAGCUCAACGCCGCAAAGAAAGAUGUUGAUGUAGAUGAAGAUCGCCGCACUAACGCCAAGGUCAACAGUGACAAAAACCCGCCAUUUGGCCGACAUGUGAUUCCAUGCGACGUGACCUGCACGAACGGUGGCGAUGUUGCGACUUGUUGCAGAGCUCAUGGCUUUGGAGAUGGCGACUGUGACCGUUGGCGCCAUGCACAAUGUUGGCGCUGA